AUGGUGAAGUUCAAAGGGCAUAACAUCAUGAAACAAUACAUGCAAAAUAAACCUGUGAAGAGAGGUUUCAAUAUGUGGUGCCGCGCCGAUUCUAAAACAGGAUAUUUAUUACAGUUUGACUUUUACACGGAUAAAAUUAAGAUCUUUGCCACGCUUAAAUAUAAGACAGUCAAUGGAAACAAUGGUCAAAAACACUGGAAAAUCACCGGUUAUGACUAUUCCUAUGACCUUAUCGAGAGAGUUUAUAUCAAGCUUGAAAACCUCUUCAAUGGCGACGAAACAAGAGCUAAACCAAUUCUAGAUAUUUUGAACAACAGCUGGAAGGAAUUAAUUACUGAGAUUGGAGCACCUACCAUCAAGGAAUUGAUAGCUAAAGCCGUAGACUCAAUAAAGAAGUUUUUCUUAGCUGUACCGACUACUGAACUCGAAUUAUUAUAA